UUGGCCUGGAGAAGAAGUGGGCGGAACAGCAGCGAGGAGGAAAGUGUUUGCAGUGUUGCCAUAGAACCCGCCGCUUCCGGUACUCACUGCUGUGUCCAUCCGCUUGUGUGUGAGGGUAUCACUGCAAUCACAGCGUUCAGGAGCAGACCGAAGAUCAUGGGUUUGUUUGACCGCCUAGCAAGUUGGCUGGGACUGAAGAAGAAAGAAGUCCACGUCUUAUGCCUGGGUUUAGACAACAGCGGGAAGACCACCAUUAUCAACAGACUAAAACCUGCAAAUGCCCAGACACAAGAUAUAGUUCCAACUAUUGGGUUCAGCAUAGAGAAAUUCAAGACAUCCAGCUUAUCAUUUACAGUUUUUGACAUGUCUGGACAGGGGAGGUAUAGGAACCUCUGGGAGCACUAUUAUAAAGAAGGCCAGGCUAUUAUUUUUGUCAUUGACAGCAGUGACAAGCUCAGAAUGGUUGUGGCCAAAGAAGAGCUGGAGACCCUUUUAAAUCAUGCAGACAUUAAGCACAGACGGAUACCAAUUUUGUUUUUUGCUAACAAAAUGGACCUAAGGGACUCUCUGUCAUCUGUGAAGGUGUCUCAGUUGCUGUGUUUAGAGAACAUCAAGGACAAGCCGUGGCAUAUUUGUGCAAGUGAUGGACUGAAAGGUGAGGGUCUUCAGGAGGGAGUGGACUGGUUACAAGAUCAAAUACAAGCAAUGAAGACAUAAGAAGAUAAAGAAGUCCUGCACCUUACCUCUCACCACUCGGACCAAAGCAAGUGCUAAGCCUCCGUUUACAAGGCCAGAGGAAGGUCCUCCGUUUUAUUCAGCACCUCAGAUACACCUUUUUAAGGCAAAUAGUGACACAUUAUGCAAAGAAUGAUUAGUAGAAACAUUUAUCCUCUGGACUUCUGUGUGCUUUGUUAAUCAGUGAUUUUAAAAUUGUUCAAGUAUGUAAAUAAUGCAAAGUAAGGGGAAUGUUGUUUUAACUUAUUAAUUUAUUUACUUUGUUUUAUUUGGAAGGUACUGUAAUAUAUCCGUAUUUUACCAUUUAUACUUUAGCACCGAAAAGAUGUCAUCAAAUGUUAAAGCAAUAUUAGGAAAUGGAUGGAAAUGUUGUUCUGUGGAUUUGUUUUAUUACAGAUAAUUU